AUGGGUAUCCCAUAUAGUAAACAGAUCCAUUCCGCUUUCGACCAGUCGCAAAUAAUGAUGCGACGACUCCAAACUGAAGUCACACCUCUUGUGGCAGCCGGAUAUCCACUAGUAGCAUCCGGCUUCGAGGUCCUCAAGACGACAAAAAAUAUUGCCAUGCUAUUAGCAGUAGUACAGGUUUAUACGGCUCUAAUGCUGACGGUUAUUUUGGGGGUGGGCUGUAUGUUGUUGGUAACGAUGAAUCCAGAUUUAGAAGAUGAGAGAAGUAGGAUGAUUAGUCCGUUUGUGAGAGGAGGAGUGGAAUGGAUUGAGAGGUGGGGAGGGUGGAUGAAUUGGGGUAUUAGGUUUGGGAUCGUAUGCGGAAUGGCGGGGAUGGGAGUAGGAAUUUGGAGGGGGGAGAGAGCGGGGGAAAUGGAAAGGGAGAUGGUUGUCGAGGGUUAA